AUGGCGUCGCGUGGUCGUGCGAAGGUAAAUAACAAUUUCACGAUUUCCGUAUCUACCAAAGGAACAGAAUGUUUUGCCAGCAAUUGUACCAAUUAUCAAAACCCUACAUCGAAAUUGAAUGGAAUAACCUUCCACAGAUUUCCGAAUAAACUUAAGGACCUCAAUAGAUUUUUAAUGUGGGAGAGAAACUGCAGCAGACUUGACAAAAAACCAUCAAUGCGAUCUCUCCUAUGCAGUGUUCAUUUUAGUAAUGACUGUUUUGAUCGCACUGGACAAAUUGUAAGACUAAAGACUGGUGCAAUACCAACAAAUUUUGAUGUCACAGGACACUUACAGGGAACUAAUGAUGUUAUAACUUUACAUCAAUGUGUUGUAUGCGACAAGAUUUUUCAACAAUAUGAUAAUUUAGAAAAUCACAAGAAAAUAUGUGUAAAAGAAGAGAAAACUGAUGAUGUAGAUGAAUAUUGUCAUAUUAAAGAAGAAAAAACUGAUGGUGUAGAUGAAUAUUGUCAUGUUAAAGAAGAGAAAACUGAUGAUGUAGAUGAAUAUUGUCAUGUUAAAGAAGAGAAAACUGAUGAUGUAGAUGAAUAUUGUCAUGUUAAAGAAGAGAAAACUGAUGAUGUAGAUGAAUAUUGUCAUGUUAAAGAACAGAAAACUGAUGAUGUAGUAGGAGAAUAUUGUCAUGUAAAAGAAGAGAAAUCUGAUGAUGUAGAUGAAUAUUGUCAUGUUAAAGAAGAGAAAACUGAUGAUGUAGAUGAAUAUUGUCAUGUUAAAGAACAGAAAACUGAUGAUGUAGUAGGAGAAUAUUGUCAUGUAAAAGAAGAGAAAUCUGAUGAUGUAGAUGAAUAUUGUCAUGUUACAGAAGAGACAUCUGAUGAUGUAGAUGAAUAUUAUCAUGUUACAGAAGAGAAAACUGACGAUGUAGAUGAAUAUUGCCAUUUUAAAGAAGAGACAACUGAUGAUGUAGAUGAAUAUUGUCAUGUUAAAGAAGAGACAACUGAUGAUGUAGAUGAAUAUUGUCAUGUUAAAGAAGAAACAUCUGAUGAUGUAGAUGAAUAUUAUCAUGUUAAAGAAGGGAAAACUGAUGAUGUAAAUGUUAAAGAAGAAAAAGGUGUUGAUGUAGAUGGAUCUUGCCUUGAUGAAACAAGCUAUCAAACAGGUUGUAAAUCAAGUUCUAAAUCUGAUUUUGGAGAUUUGCAAAUAAACACGGGAACUCAUACCGAAGAAAAACAUUUUAAUUGCGAUGUUUGUAGUAAAUCAUUCACAAAGGAACGUAUAAAGAGACACAUGAAAAGUCAUACUGGAGAAAAACCCUAUAAUUGUGAUGUUUGUAGUAAAUCAUUCACGGAGAGAUAUGUUCUGAAGUCACACAUGAGAAUUCAUACUGGUGAAAAACCCUAUAAUUGUGAUGUUUGUAGUAAAUCAUUCACAGAGAAAAGUGAUCUGAAGAAACACAUGAGAAUUCAUACUGGUGAAAAACCCUAUAAUUGUGAUGUUUGUAGUAAAUCAUUUAGAAUGCCUCGAGCUCUGAAAAUACACACAAGAAGUCAUACUGGGGAAAAACCUUUUUUAUGUGAGGUUUGUAGUAAAUCAUUCACUGAUGGUAGUAAUCUAAAAGCACACAUGAGAAUUCAUACUGGUGAAAGGCCCUUUAAUUGUGACGUUUGUAGUAAAUCAUUCACCGAGAGAAGUGGUCUGAAGUCACACAUGAGAAUUCAUACUGGUGAAAGGCCCUAUAAUUGUGAUGUUUGUAGUAAAUCAUUUACAGAGAGAUAUGUUCUGAAGAAACACAUGAGAACUCAUACUGGUGAAAGACCUUAUUAUUGUGAUAUUUGUAGUAAAUCAUUUAGCAUGCCUCGAGGUUUGAGCAUACACAUAAGAAGUCAUACUGGGGAAAAACCUUAUCAUUGUAAUGUUUGUAGUAAAUCAUUCACUGAUGGUGGUAAUCUAAUUACACACAUGAAAACUCACACUGGUGAAAGGCCCUUUAAUUGUGAUGUUUGUAGUAAAUCAUUUACCCGCAAAAUUAACGUAAAGAAACACAUGAGAACUCAUACUGGUUGGGUGUCCCAAGCUGAAAAGAAGGCUUGAAAACUAUGGAUAGUUAUGGCAAAAUAAUAUGUAUUGUUUAAUGGUCGAGAGCGAGAUAUUAAGUAAUAUAUUGUAACAACAUGAGGGCCGUACGAUUAUUUGAAAUAAUGGUACUCCAACAUCAAAGGAUGACGUCACAUCUGUAUUUUAAAUAUAUAUAUAUAUAAAUAAGAUGUUGGAAAAGAAAACAAACUACAUAUUUCAAGCUAGCGCUUUCAGAUCCACUGAAAGCGCUAGCUUAUAUUGAUUCUCUGUCAUAAACUAUCAAGAAAAUGCACUUGCUGUAUUUUCUAAGAUACAUGUAUGUCCAUUUGAAUGUUUGUUAAAAUAGACUGCUAUUGUUUACAGGGGUGCCAUAAGUUUGUUUUGGGUUUUCAGUGUUAAUGGAGUUGACUUAACAUUCAGAAUUUUUGUACUGAAACAAACGAACACCCAUUAUUCAUUUAAUUCACGAUUUGCAACUGAGCAUGUGGUCAGUUUUGGAUUGAUCAUUCCCAUGUACAUGUUUCGUGUGCAGCCCAAUUUUGUUUAAAUAUGUGUGCAUUUAUAUUUUCUGUAUUCACAUACAUAUGUAACUAUUGAUAAAGAAAUGUCUAUUUAUUGUGGUAUUUUUAUGUAAAUUUAAAAUUGUCAUAUCAAUGAAAUAAAUAUACAUGUACUAAAUGAGAGUACUAAAGAAUGACAUGCGAUUCCACCUGAUCACGUUAUGAAUAGGUUUGAGAUGUAGACUGACAUUU